AUGGGUGGGAAACAACCUAAUCCAUCCUACGAAGAGUUGUUCGAUUAUGCUGAAGCAUUGUGGAUAGAAUUUGACCCUCGAGAAGUAUCAUGCCAGCAACUGUUGCAAGCUUGGAAAAAGAUGCAUUCCCCCAAAAAGCAAAACCUUCGAUACCGAUCUGCCAUUUGGUAUCUGACUGAAGAUCAGAAGGUUACGGCAACGAAAGCAGUAGACGAAUGGAAAGCUGAACUUCAUCCUAUUCAGUUGUUUACAUCCGCCGAGUCGGCAUCGGGACUCGACUUUUAUCGCGCCGAAGGGUAUCAUCAAGAUUACUACUUGAGAACGGGCCAAGCGAGAUUUGUCUCGUAA